GUAUGUCUUCUUUUUUACAAUAAUUGAAUCGUGUUAAAUGAUAAUGCCAUGAUGUGAAAUGUCAGAUAGUGUUUGCAUCUGGAAGGACGAAAAGGGGUAGGGUACUGGAGCUAAGCUGGGAGAUCGAAAAGCGAAAGUCGAAGUUCCAAUACGAGGGGCAGAGGGGCAGAGGGGCACAGAAGGGUACGUACCGUAUUAUGCCCCGCGACUCUGCCCCUCCACUUUAAAAAACCACCCCACCAAAAUUUGGCCUGGUAACAGAACAGUCAACUAUCAAGACAACAGACACUUUUACCUACUAGCUAUCUAGGUACUCUGAGAAUCCCUUAUAAUAUUCCCUUCUCGGACCACGAUCGGUAUCCGCAACCAUGCUCGACGUUCAGGAUUUCAUCACCGAGCGGGGUGGCAACCCAGAGAAGAUCCGCGAGUCGCAGCGCCGCAGAUAUGCCCCGGUCGAGGUUGUCGACGAAGUCAUCGCCAUGUUCGAGGACCAUCGAAAAACCCAAUACGCCGCGACGCAAAUAAACAGCAAGAUCAACGACGUCAACAAGCAGAUCGGUGCUAAGAAAAAGGCCAAGGAGAAUGCCGACGAGUUACUUCAACAGAGGGCCGACCUCGACAAGGAGAAGAAGGCUCUUCUCGACUCGGCCGCCCAGAAGGACAUUGCGCUGAAAGCCAAAAUCAACACCAUCGGCAACAUCGUUCACGACUCCGUACCCGUCAGCGACAACGAGGACAACAACGUUGUUCAGCGAACGUGGGCCCCCGAAGGCGUGAAGGUAGAGAAGAAGGACGUGCUCUCGCAUCACGAAGUUCUCCUGAGGCUAGAUGGCUACGACCCGGAUCGUGGAGUGAAGGUGGUUGGUCACAGAGGUUACUUCUUGAGACAAUGGGGUGUAUUCCUCAACCAGGCUCUGAUCAACUACGGCCUGGAAUACCUCUCCAGCAAAGGAUUUACGCCUUUGCAGACCCCCCAGUUCAUGCUUAAGGACUACAUGGCGAAAACCGCUCAGCUAGAACAGUUCGAUGAGGAGUUGUACAAGGUCGUCGACGGCGAGGCGCAAAACGACAAAUACCUUAUUGCAACCUCAGAACAGCCCAUUUCUGCCUUCCACGCCGAUGAGUGGCUGAUAGCUAAAGAUCUGCCUAUAAAGUACGCGGGAUUCAGCACAUGCUAUCGAAGGGAAGCCGGUUCCCACGGUCGCGAUGCCUGGGGUAUCUUCCGUGUACAUCAGUUCGAGAAGGUAGAGCAGUUCGUGCUCACGGAUCCCGAGAAGUCGUGGGAAAUGUUCGAAGAGAUGUUUACCACUUCUGAAGAGUUCUAUAAGUCUCUCGGUUUACCAUACCAAGUUGUGGCUAUCGUAUCGGGCGCAUUGAACAACGCCGCUGCGAAGAAAUUCGACCUAGAAGCCUGGUUCCCCUUCCAGGGAGAGUACAAGGAGCUUGUGUCAUGCUCUAACUGCACCGACUACCAGUCUCGUGCUCUCGAGAUCCGAUUUGGUGCGAAGCAGCAGACGGAGAUCAAGAAGAAAUACGUUCACUGCCUCAAUUCGACGCUAUGCGCUACCGAGAGAGCUUUGUGCUGCGUUCUUGAGAACUACCAGACCGAAGAUGGUCUCCGAGUUCCCGAACCGCUACGCAAGUACCUCCCGGGUGCUCCCGAAUUCAUCCCUUUCGCCAAAGAAUUGCCCAAGGACACGACAUCGCAAAAGGCCAAGGCUAAGGCGGAUAAGGGAGCCAAGCAAAAGGUGGCUGCCGCGGGAGCUGCAGUGGCGGAAGUUGGAGAGAAGCUGAAGAACACUGUCGUGUAACGGAUCGGAGUUUAAGGGACCGGGAUAUCGAGGAAUGGCUUUUAGAACCAAUGUGAACGAAUUUCAAGAUGAUACUGAUGUGCUUCUGUUUAUACGAUGCCUCUCAAUGCUAAUGCAGAGCAGUGGCUAUCGUUUCUUUAAGUAGCAUAGGAACUGCCCCGACUAUGAAGAGAAGGGGAUUUUCAUGAAUAUUCAGAUGCACCGAGAAAUAGAAUUUACCUAUUGUCUCGUCAUUUUCAAAGUGAGAUCAAGUAUAGAAAACGCGCUACGCGGGUCACAAAAUGGUUAAGGCUAAGGAUUACCUAUCGGGUUACAGUUUGGACCCUUGUCUUGUGUUACUGCUUGAGUUUAUACUUGGUAAGUACAAGAAACAAGACUCUUCGGCUCACUUACCUCUAAUAAUUCUCCAGUUAUUAUAAAUACCGUAUCUGAGGUACUUAUCC